UUGCGUGCCGUUGGGGCUGAUUAGAGGGCCGUGAUGGUUCCACCGCUGGAUCAAUGGCCUGUUGUGAGUGGCUGCGCUCUGGAAGAGGUGGAGAUUUGAGAACUCCGGAGGUUCACACUGGUGGACAUUUGGUAGUUUUAGCAGCACUUGGCACGGGGAUACAUGGAAAUACAACACAAGAGAAGCAUGAGGCAACACUGUGCGAUCAAACAUGGAAUACUCAAGGAAUUCCUGGCAGAAUUCCUGGGGACGUUUGUCUUGGUUUUGUUUGGCUGUGGCUCAGUCGCUCAGACCGUCCUCAGCCGAAACAGCCUGGGCGAACCUCUCACCGUCCACAUCGGCUUCUCCGUGGGACUGAUGAUGGCGGCGUACGUGGCCGGCGGAGUGUCGGGGGGGCACGUGAACCCCGCUGUGUCCCUGGCCAUGGUGGUUCUGGGCAAACUGAAGAUUUGGAAGUUUCCCUUCUACGUCAUCGCUCAGUUUCUUGGUGCUUUUGCGGGAGCGGCUGCAGUCUUUGGAUUGUACUACGAUGCUUUCAUGGACUUCACCAGUGGGAUUCUGUCAGUGACGGGAAUCAAUGCAACGGGUCACAUUUUUGCUUCCUACCCUGCGAGACACCUGUCAGUCCUCGGCGGCUUCAUAGAUCAGGUGGUGGGCACGGGGAUGCUGGUCCUGUGUAUCUUGGCCAUCAUCGACGGGGAGAACAUCGGCGCGCCCAAAGGCGUGCAGCCGCUGGCUAUUGGUCUGAUCAUCAUGGCCAUUGGUGUUUCUAUGGGGCUGAACUGCGGUUACCCCCUGAACCCUGCCAGAGACCUGGGACCACGACUGUUCACCGCUGCAGCAGGAUGGGGGAUGGAGGUCUUCAGCACUGCAAACAACUGGUGGUGGAUCCCUGUGGCGGGGCCCAUGGUGGGGGGGGUGCUGGCGGCCGCCAUCUACUACCUGCUUAUCGAGGUGCACCACCACCGCGAAGCGCCCGAGAAGCCCCGCGAGGAAGAGGAGGAGGAGGAAGAGGAGGAGGACGAGGACAGCAGUCUGAAGGACAAAUACGAGAUGAUCACGAUGAGCUAAAAAGAGAAAAGAGACAUUAUCUUUGUUCCGUCUGUAAAGACGGGCCUCCCGUGUCUCCUUUGCAAUUUAAUGUUUUACGUUUCAAACACAUGAAAAUCUCAGUCCUUUGUGCUUCAACAUGUUCACAUUGUUAUUUUCAUUUAAAUGUUGUAAAUACUGUAUUAUAGAUAUUAGAACCUUUAUUUGCUGUUAUUCAACAAUUGCUACUGUGCUAAUAGUUUUACGUUACUGCCAGUCUCUUUUUACCUUUAGUGGUGGUUGUGAUGAUAUUCUCUGUAUAUUCACUUAAGACUGUUUUUUUGUUCCAACUUGUGAUUGUUUUCUUCUUUUGCAAACCACGACAAAUCCCCCCCCCCCCACCUUUAUUCUUUGU